UUUUAACCACAGCUGCAGUACCCUGUGUGAUAACCUCUAUCAGCAUCAUUCAAAGUGCGAGGUUGGGUUUGCAGCCAUGAUAUCAAGAUUGGUCUUUCUCCUUUUCUGUGGACAUAUUGCACUAACCCUGGGAAACGCUCAGAAAUUGCCAAGAGUGAAAAGGCAGAGUCUGAAAGUUCAGAUCAACGCAACAGAUGAUACUGUUUGCAUGAAGUAUCUUCGACCAAGUCAAAACACCAAACUUGAAGGUUUUGUCCUGGGCUAUGGAAGCAGCUUCUUCUCUAAUCAGUACAUUCCUUUACCCACUGAAGGAAAAACAUACAUAAAUGAACUUGAUGCAGAGCCACGGUAUUUGAUUUCAGUAAGACCAGCACGCAAUUCAAAUAAGAAGUCUUGCUCAGGUCGGACCAAAACUCAAAAGCCUCUGCAGCUGGUAGUUGGGACUCUGACCCCAACCUCUGUCUUCCUCUCUUGGGGCAUCCUAGUCAACCCUCAGCAUGACUGGACAGCAACAAGUAACUGCGCUAGUGACAGGUUCUAUACAGUUCGCUACAGAGAAAAGGAUAAAGAAAAGAAAUGGGUUUUUCAGCUUUGCCCAGUUACAGAGACAGUGGUGGACAAUCUGAAGCCAAACACACUUUAUGAAUUUGGCGUUAAAGACAACACAGAGGAUAGUAUUUGGAGCAAGACUUUCAAUCACAAGACAGUUCUGUCCAAUAAAAAAGUAAAUGGACAACUCCAGAAUAUGUACAAGUUGGUACCUAAUAUCCAAACACAGCUUACUCUAAGAGAUAAUAAGAAGUUAGUCCCUGUCACAAUAAUCAAACAAGUUAUUCAAAAUCGAACACUGUCAAAGACUCCAGAUAGUUCUUCUCUGCCAGGAGCAAUAUUAGUGCACCUUAUUGUUCCAGGUUUCAAUGAAACUCAGCAGAAACUUCUUCCUCCCCUGACAAUGGACGACAUAUCCCAAGCAUCCAAGAAAAAAAUGGCUAAGAAUGAAACUCGAGCAUGGCCUGCUGAAUCCAAAACACCAGAAGUUCAAGAAAUCUCCCCACAGGCCCUCCCAGCUGGAACUGAGAAAAAGUAUGGACCUGAGGAAUUUAAAUCAACACCUAAACCCGAGCUGGCGCAAACUCAUAGCAUACUGGCUUCUAAUGAAAUACAACCACUUCCUCCUGGAUCCAGAAUCUCUGAUGCUCCAAAAAGCCCACUGACAGAACUUGCUUCACAUGGCUUUCUUCAUGUUACUUCUACUCCUCAAACUUUUGCAACUCCAGAAAUACCAGACACUGCUACAGAUACUGCUGAGUUGGAAAUAUCCAUGCCUGUAAUUACCACAGAACAUCAUUUCUUAGAAACAGCAAUGGAUGAAACGAAGCCUCUUUCUUCAAGCUCCAAAACAUCUGGCUUGCCAGAAAUGGUACCAACCUCAGCUGCAACGCGGAGACCAGGCCUGGAGUCGCCUUCACCUGCUUCACUGGAAACGGCAAGAACCGUGAUGGCUACUCGGAGACCCAGGCUGAAGUCCACCUCUCCUCCUGCCCUGGCAACCCAGCCAGCCGCGAAGGCUUCACCUGACUUCCUUCAUGUUACUUCUACUUUCCAAACCUCUGCAUCUGCAGAAAUGUCAGAGACAGAGACUGCUGCUGAUGAAACACAGCCAGUUUCUUCAAGAUCCACAACGUCUGGUAUUCCAGAAAUGGCGUCAACAAAAUCUGCUACCAAGGAACCAGUACUGAAAUCCACAUCUUUUCCCUCCACGGAAACCAGAGGGACAGUGAUGGUUUUUGAUGAAAAACAGCCUGUUUCGUCAAGAUUUGAAACAUCUGGCAUCCAAGAAAUGCCAUCAGCUGUACCUGCUCCCCCAAGGCCAGUCCUGGAGUCCACAUCUUUUCCUUCCUUGGCAACCACAAGGACAGUGAUGGCUACUUGGAGACCAAAGCUGAAGUCUCCUUCUCCCUACCUGGCAACCCAAGGAACAGUGGAGGCAACGCGGAGACCAGGCCUGGAGUCGCCUUCACCUGCUUCACUGGAAACGGCAAGAACCGUGAUGGCUACUCGGAGACCCAGGCUGAAGUCCACCUCUCCUCCUGCCCUGGCAACCCAGCCAGCCGCGAAGGCUUCACAGGACUCUCUUCAUUUUACUUCCCCUACACAAAUAUCUGCAUCAGCAGAAAUAUCAAAAAUAAAGACGGCUUUCGCUGAUAUUCAGCCUGUUCUUUCAAGCCCUGUGACACCUAGUAAGCCUGAAAUAGCAGAUCCUGGACCAGCAACAAGUGAAUCCAUUCUGGAAUCUUUCACACCUAAAACUUCUCGUCCUUUUCAAUGGCCAAGGGUAACAUUAGCUCCAAAAGAAACACCACUUAUUCCUUCUAAAGUGAAACCAUCUGCUACCCAAGAAGUACAGCAUGUGAAACCUGCCCCUAAACCACCGCUUUUUGAGCAUAGCACACCUAAAACGUCUCAAACCAGUGAGCAACCAAAAGCAACACUAGCUCCUAAAGAAGCAAAACUCAUACCUUCUACAUCUAAACCUACAUUAUCUGCCAGACCCAAAAAACCACAAAUCAAACCUGUUCCCAGUAAAGCUUCUCCUUCCAAACCUAAGGUCUUUCUGCAGCCAGAAGAGCCUAUGACAAUGCCGGCAGCAACCAUUCCAGUGUCAGUCACUACUAAGAAUCCGUACACAGUUGAACAUCCAAAGACCCCAGCGGCAACCAGGAAAUAUGUGCCACUGUCAAUCAUUACUCUGAUUCCCCAUAUUCUUGAGCAUCUGCAGACUACAACUGCUCCAGCUGAAACACAAUUCAUUCCUACCCAGACUAAAACAUCCCCUCAGCCAGAACAACCACAUUCUAAAUCUGUCUCGGAACCCCUUACAUUUAGAAUUGAACCACCAAGGUCAACAAUAGCUCCGAAAGAGACUCAACGUAUUCCUUCUAAACCUAAAACUUCACCCAAACUUCAUAUCCCACAGGCCGAAGAUGUCCUGGAAUCUGUAACAUUUAGAACUGAUCAGCCAAAAACAGCAAUAGUUCCAAAAGAAACACACCGUGUUCCCUCCAGACCUAAGACUUCACCAAGCUCAGAGGUGCCACAGACCAAACCUGUCUUGGAUCCAUUUACGUUUAGAACUGAGAAACCAAAGUCAACAGUAGCUCUUAGAGAGACGCGUCGUGGGCCUUCCAAACCUAAAACAUCACCUAGUCCACGUGUUCCUCCAACCAGAGCAAGUCCAAAAGAGAGUCGACGAGACUCCUCCAAGCCCAAAGCAUCACCAAGUCCAGAUGCAUCACAGACAAAACCUGCUUCUAAAGAACCACUACAUACUCCCUUUAAACUUAAAGCAGCUCCCAUCCCAGAUGCUUCAUACACCAAGACUGAAAUCAUUCCACCUUUCCAUGAACCAGUUACUACUAUGAUUCCUCAUAUUCCUGAACGAACAAAGGCAACACUGGUUUCAACUGAAAAACAGUUCAUUCCUACCAAACUAAAAACAUCUGCAAAGCCAAGAGUGCCACACACCAAACCUGCAAUACAUCAAACAACCCCCCAACCACUUAUUACAAAAUCUUCUACUACCACUGAGCAGUCAAGGGCAACAAUGGCUCCAAAAGAAACACUGCUCAUUCCUUCCAAACCUAAAACAUCUGUCGGGCCAGAAGUACCACAGACUAAACCCGCUCCAAGGACGACACACCUGGGAUCAAUUAACCUUAUAACGGUUCAUGUUGUUGAUGGGUCCAAAAUGACUUUGGUUCCCAAUGAGACAUACCAGCUUUCACCCAAGCCCAAAACUGCUCUAGCGACUGAAAUUCCACAGUUGAAAACAGCACCACAUAAAACACGUCUCACUUCUGCAAGACCAAAGCCAUCUGAUAAAUCACAGACCAGACCAGCUCUUAGUAGGACCACACUAGCACCGGCUAGAACAAAAACUCCUGGACUGCCAAAAUGGAUUGUGCCAGCAACAGGUAGAGAUGAUGUAUAUACACCUGAAGAUAUUGUCAAACUAAUUGGCGUGGAUGUAGAAAAACCUAUGGAAUAUAGUGAUACGUGGGAAAAGACAAUUUCUGUAACUAUAUCACCUGGCCCUCACCGUCCUCCUGUACCUCCUGUCAAGCCCACACAAAUGCGAAGAAAACCUCUGCCUCCAAACACAGUGACGGGUAAACCAGGGAGUCCAGCUAAAUCUGCUGGACCAACAACACUUGUGAAGACAGGAGCACCAUAUAAGACACCAACAGCUUCUGCAACUCCAGAUUAUUAUGUUGAUGCAACUGUCUUCAGCUCCAGUCCUACAUCAGAAACUGAUUCAUCAGGCAAACCAAGAUACCAAGCCCCUCAUGUCAAGUACAUGAAGAAAGAUGAGGAUGUGCCUUGUUCUAUCACAAGCUCCCUUGAACACUUCCCUCAAGAAGAAGGUGGCAGCAAGGAAGAAGCUACUCGUCCUCCACAAAACCCUCCAACCAACCUCACAGUGGUGACUGUUGAGGGCUGCCCAACUUUCGUCAUAUUGGACUGGGAAAAACCAGACAAUGACACUGUUACUGAGUAUGAGGUUGUGUCAACUGAAAAUGGAGCAAGUGAUGGUGAAAAGGAGCAAUCGAUUAUCACUACAAAUCAGACCCAUUCCACCGUGGAAAACCUAAAACCUGACACAAGUUACGAAUUCCACGUGAAACCUAGAAACCCUCUUGGUGAAGGUCCAAGCAGCAAUGUUGUGGCAUUCAGUACUGAAUCAGGUAAGGACUUCCAAAGUUACGAAUUCCACGUGAAACCUAGAAACCCUCUUGGUGAAGGUCCAAGCAGCAAUGUUGUGGCAUUCAGUACUGAAUCAGCGGACCCAAGAGUGAGCGAGCCAAUUUCAAUGGGAAAGGAUGCUAUCUGGACUGAAAUCCCAUUCAAUUCUGACACCUAUUCAGAAUGCAAAGGGAAACAAUACGUAAAGAGGACUUGGUAUAAGAAGUUUGUAGGUGUGCAGCUGUGUAAUUCUUUAAGAUAUAAGAUAUACCUCAGUGACUCGCUUACAGGAAAAUUUUAUAACAUAGGAGACCAGAGGGGCCAUGGAGAAGAUCACUGCCAAUUUGUAGACUCAUUCUUAGAUGGAAGGACAGGACAGCAAGAUGAUCUACCAGUCAAAGAUGGAUUUUUCAGGGCAGUUCGCCAGGAACCCGUCAAAUUUGGAAAAAUAGGUGGCGAGACUCACAUUAACUAUGUUCGUUGGUAUGAAUGUGGAACAUCAAUACCUGGGAAAUGGUAGACAUGACAUGAACUUGGUUGAGAAAGAAGUCCAUCACUAUCCACCCCUUCCAACUGCCCAAAGCAAGCUCAAAGAUGGAAAUGUUUAUGGUAUGCCUGUCAUGUAAACAAUUUUGCUAAUGUGUAAUGGUUUAUACAAAUCUAAUGGACAAUACUGCAUUAAUUGCGUAAUAGCAUAGGCUGCUUACUGUAGUUAUCCAGUUCUACAAAUUUGUUUUUAGGUUACAAAAAAAACCAGGUUAAGGACAUGGUAUAGGAUAACGUAUAGGGAAGCUGGCUCCCUAUUCUUGAGGUAUGGUUUAUAUGGUAUUUUAAAAGAUAUGCUGUGUGUAUAUUAUUUAUCACAAUGUUGUAAUAAAUGUUUAAGGCACAGUUAUGGCAAAGUUGGUCAUGGAAUGCAAUGUGCAUUAGUUUUAAAUAGUCACUGAUUUUUUUUAUUGUAACGUAAAGUGCUAUAAGUUACCUGUCCAGAUAAAUCUGUAAUGUCCCCCCCAUUCAUAAAUUAUAGAAUAGAAGAAAGACCCUUAAUUUUUUAAUAUCAUCUUGCAACCAAUAACCUUGAAGCGCUUUCUCCUUAAGACAGUUCAUACUCCUGCCAAAAAAAAAAAAAAAAGAAAACCCACAGGUACGCUUAUUGUACGUGCAGCUUUAAACGAUCAAGUUAGUGGGUUGGGUUUUUUUUUUCUUUUUUUUCCAUGUUUGCUUUCAAAUGCAAGCUUCAAUUCUGGCAAAACAGUAUGAGCAGCCUAUUGCUAAGAAGUUAGAAACACUUGCCUGUUUAGCUUGGCAGUGCUUUAGUGGGUUUGUUUUGUUUUUUUUCUGUAAUUACAGCAGACAGGUAUGUAUGUACGUGGAAAAAAAAAAUGCAACUGGUCUCCACUGCCCUGGCUUUUAAAUAAAGUAUACUGUUUUCAGAGGUUUAGAUUUAAUAAUACUUCAAAGGCCAAAUGUAUAUAUAGUGCAGGAGAAUUUGGAAAGCUAUAUGAAAUGCAGAAGGGAGCCCCCUGUAUUUAAAACUAAGCUAAUAAUAAUAGCACAACUUGCUUUAUAACACAGAAAAAUGUUGUUUAAAAAUUGUUUGUUGUUGGGGGAAAAAGGGAAAAUAGUGAUAAAUGAACUUUUAAAACUGCUUUACAUUAAUUUUGAUUAAAAUCUCUCCCAAGCUACUUCUUGUACUGCUUGAACAUUUAUGAACUAAAUAAAGAGAUGUAGUUUUUUUUAAAGGUGUUAUUCAUUACACUACUAAUGUAUUGAAAAAAUAUGAACAGGAACACUAAGAUAUAUAUAUAGUAGAAAUAAUCAUUUAUAGAAAAUACCUUUAAAGUACA